GGUUCAUACCUACUUGGUUCAUACGUUCCAUUUUCCCAAAUAACUCGUUUUCUUUAGUUUUCGUAUUCGUUUAUGGUUAUGGCUUUAUUUUGCAUAUAAAUUAUAAUAUUGAGACCUGUGGGGCUGGGGCUUUAGUGGUUAGGUUUGAUAAAAUGACGAGAAGCGCAUGCUUGUUUCAUACAUAUUUCAUUUCUAUAUUUUUUAAUCGCAUAUCGCUGUUAUGUAGGUAGGUAUGUAUUGAUAAGACGCAUGAUAAAAAAAAAAAUAUUAUGCAAACUGUAUUUCGGUAGUUAUACAAAGUGACAAGACGAUUUACUUAUUUUAAUGUUACGCUUUCUUUGUAUUUCAUUAUUUUUAUCCUUCACCAUGGCCAAAAAUCUACCUAAAACCAUGAAAGCAGUUGGUCUUUAUAAAUACUUACCCAUAACGGAUGUGAAUAGUCUCAUUGAUAUGGAAGUAAGUGUACCGGCUCCUAAGAAAAGAGAAGUUUUGAUUGAAGUAAAAGCAACUGCAAUAAAUCCCAUCGAUACGAAAGUGAGAGCCCCUAAGCCGAAUGUGGAAACUCAAUUGCGGAUUUUAGGGUUUGAUGGAGCUGGUAUUAUAGCAGAAAAAGGUGAAGAAGUAACACGAUUCAAAUUAGGUGAUCAAGUAUUCUUUACAGGCGAUUUGAGCAAGAAUGGAACGAAUGCACAAUUUGUCGUUUUAGAUGACUUGCAUGUAGCAUUGAAACCAAAAAACCUUUCAUUUGAACAAGCCGCUGCUAUGCCUCUUACUUCUGUGACUGCCUAUGAAUCCUUGUUUGACCGUUUACUGCUUACAGACAAAGAUAAAGGAAAGUCUAUUUUGAUUAUUAACAGUGCUGGAGGUGUUGGUUCAGUUGCUAGUCAAUUGGCUAAUAAUUUAGGUUUAAAAGUUAUUGGCACAGCAUCAAGGCCAGAAACUGAAGAAUAUUCAAAGAAACAUGGUGUUCAUGUUGUUCUAAACCGUAAAAAUGACUUAGAACAACAAUUGAAAGACAAUGGCUAUUCAAAUGGUGUUGAUUUCAUACUUGUUAACUAUGAUCCUUAUCCGUACUGGAAUACACUUAUGAAAGUAAUCAUACCUCAAGGUAGAAUCUGCCUAGUCGUUGAUAGUAGUGGAUUGGUUGAUAUUAAACCAUUAAAGGCUAAAAGUAUUACAUUGGUUUCUGAAAUGAUGAAUACCAGGAUAGCAUAUAAUACAGAAGAUAAAUACAGACAUACAGAAAUAUUAGAGGCAGUGUCAAAGAUGUUAGAGAAUGGACAAUUAAAGAGUACUUUGUCCAAUAUAAUAUCACCUUUGAAUGCUGAAAAUUUGAGAGAAGCACAUAAACUUAUUGAAUCUCAGCGGACAAUUGGCAAAAUAGUAUUAUCAGGGUUUUAAUCACAUACUGUGCAAGUAAUAUAUUAUAAUAAAACAAAAACGUAAUUUUAAUAAAUUUAAAUUUUAUUUGAGAGUACACUAGGAUCAAAUUCUUGUCCUAUGAAUGGUGAACCAGGAGAAUUCCAGGCCUUCUUCAAUAUCUCUAUAUUUCGGAUUUCAUCACUUGUAGGCAGACCCUUCAUUUUCUGUUCUUGAUUCCAUUGUAAUUCUCUGACCUGCAACAAUUAUGUAGUUUAACAAUAAAAUAAUACAACUGUAGAAAUAAAAAAUAGUUAUAAUACAAA